AUGGAGUUCACAGCAGUUAUUGUCUGUGGUAAGGGGAAAGCUUUGACACCCUUUUCCCAAGCUCGUUCUACAGGAAUCCCGAAACCAUUAUUGCCAAUUGCAAACAAACCUAUGGUUCAAUAUGUGUUGGAUUGGUGUUUACAAGCCAAUUUUUCAAGAAUAAUCGUUCUUUUUGAAAAAGAGGACGAAUCUUCUGGUGUUCUAGAACAGACUAUAAAGAGAUAUCAAGAGGAAAAAGAGAAGACCAACACCAAUAAAAACGAAUCUCACGUUAGUAUUGAUGUUAUACCUUACAAUUGUGAAAACAAUGGAUUAAUAUUAUACAAAUUGUAUGAAUUAUACAGUGAAAACAAAGUUUCAAACAACAAUUUCAUAAUUUUACCAUGUGACUUGAUAACCAAUUUACCACCUCAAGUGAUAAUUGAAGCAUAUAGAAAUAAAAAUGAUUCAGAUUUAGGAUUGGUAAUUGCAUACAAGAAUCAAUUGGAUAUAGAAGAUAAAAAGGCGAAAAUUUUCCCUCAAAGUUAUACCAUCUAUAGUGACACUGAUGAGAAUGGGAAUGAAAGUCCAAUGUUUUUGGACACAUACAGCCAAGCAGAUAUUGAAUUUCAUCAAGCAUUAUCUAUCAGAACUCAAAUGUGUUGGAGAUACCCUGCAGCAACCGUCAGCAAUAAAUUGUUGAAUAGUGGAAUUUUUCUUGGAUCGUGCCUGCAAAUAUUCAGCGUUUUCGAUGAGCAAAAAGAUAAAUUUACUGAAUCAUAUUUUGAAAAACGUUCUUUGAUGAAAAUUGUACGUGAUUUGGCUCGAAGAUCUUGGAAGCAUGCAUUGCAUCAAGCAAGUGUUGGAUUUUUCAUUGUUCCCAAACAAGCUACUUUUUUCAGAUGUAACAAUUUGCCGGUGUUGAUGGAGGCUAAUAGAUACUUUAUGAAAAAACAAGCUAUUGCAAAAUCAGCAUCUCAAAACACACAAGCACCUAAUAAACAAGAUAAACAAUCAGGGGCACAUGUGGGAAACGAUUCCUUAGUGGGAGAAAAUACAGAACUAGGAGAAAAGACUAAUGUCAAAAGAAGUGUUAUUGGGUCGAAUUGUAAGAUUGGUAAGAAGAAUAAGAUUACAGGGUGUUUAAUUUUGGAUAAUGUUGAAAUCCACGAUGACGUGACGUUGGAAAAUUGUAUUAUUGGUCAUGAUGUUAUUAUUCAGGGUAAAUGUAAAUUGACCAAUUGUAACGUGGAAAGCACCAACGAGGUAGCUCAUAACACACAAGCCAAGAAUUCGAAUCUAUUGUGUUUGACCUUGGAAGGUCUAGUAAAUGAAGACGAUCAAUAUGGCGACGACAGCGAUGACGAAGAGGACAGUGAGGAGUACGAUAGUACUGAUGACGAAGAUGAGAGCGAGUUUGAAGAUGAGUACACAGGAAACGAAGAUGGUUUAUUUGCCUAUUAA